UGUGUGAUGUCCUGUGGAGGCAGCAGUCCGGGCCGCUAUAUACACAGCGACGCUCCCCCAGUCCCACACAGCACCGAGAGCACGUCUGCUUGCUUCCUUCAGAAUGGGAAAGAUCACCUUCUAUGAGGACCGGGCCUUCCAGGGCCGCUGCCACGAAUGCACCGCUGACUCCCCCAACCUGCAGCCCUGUAUCAGCCGCUGCAACUCCAUCCGGGUGGAGAGCGGCUGCUGGAUGAUCUAUGAGCGCCCCAACUACCAAGGUCAGCAGUACUUCCUGCGGCGCGGGGAGUACCCAGAUCACCAGCAAUGGAUGGGCCUCAGCGACUCCAUCCGCUCCUGCCGCCUCAUCCCCCCGCACUCUGGCACUCACAGAAUGAAGAUCUACGAGAGAGAUGAAUUGAGAGGACAAAUGUCAGAGCUCACAGAUGACUGUCUCUCUGUUCAGGACCGCUUCCACCUCACUGAAAUUCACUCCCUCAAUGUGCUGGAGGGCAGCUGGAUCCUCUAUGAGAUGCCCAACUACAGGGGGAGGCAGUAUCUGCUGAGGCCGGGGGAGUACAGGAGAUUUCUUGACUGGGGGGCUACAAACGCCAAAGUUGGCUCUCUUAGACGAGCCAUGGAUUUGUACUGAAGUAUUUAGAUUCUCCACUUUUCUCCUUUAAAAUCUAAUAAAAUAUUUAGCUUGUGUUUCUGGCA